AACACAUCCAUACAAUCUGGUGCACGCAGAGCACAGACUCACAGGGAAUUCUCAGAGCUGAGAGGCUCCUUCUCUCUCUCUCCCUCUCUCUCUCUCUCUCCCCCCCCUUUCUCUUUCUCUCUUUCUCCCCCCCCCUUUCUCCUUCUUUCUCUCUCUUUCCCUCUCUCUUUCUCCCUCUCUCCUUUGCUGGAGCGGAGACAAGAGUAUAAUUCUUCCCGAUUUUUUUUUUUUUAAAGAGAAAGGGAAAAAAAAAAAGGAGGAGGAGGGUGAAAGAAAGAAGAGAUCCUGAUGGAAAUCAGGGCACUCUGACCAGCUCCUGCUCGGAGAGGGGGGAAGGCGAGGCGGAAACGAGAUUUUCCUCCAAGUUUUUGCUGCUGCCGCUGCCUGAAGGUUGCCGAGGAGCCGUCCUCGGUCGCCGAGGGGGGGUGGGUUUGUUUGCUUCUUUCUGCUCUCCCUCCCUUGCCAGCCUCUGCUCUGCAGCCUGACCGUACGGAGGAAAGGUGGAGGGGUGGGGGGGAGGGGGGGGGCAAAGCCAGCCACCCAAAAAGAAAAGCCAGCUUGGAGCCGUCACCCUCCGCAACGAAAGAAGAGAGGGGGGACUGAGAGCACGAGAAAAAAGAAGAAGAAGAAGAAAAAGGAUCUCGGCUUGUCCAGCCCUUCUGCGGCAACAGGAGCAGCCUGCGAGCCCGGUGGAUUUUUUUUUUCCCCUUCUUCGGCGUUUCUUUUCGAGCGCAAGGACUUCCACUCAGGAAAAAAACAAAACAAAAAACAAAACAAAACAAAACAAAAAAACUCGCAGAGACAGAACAAAAAAAGAGCACGACUAAUAAUGAACAAUCCUGUUAAUCCGCUGUCCCGAGGGCUGGGGAUGUGCCCCGGCUCGGGAAGUUGUAGGCUGUAGAAGUUCUGCCUCUCCCCCAUGUACUGUGCUGUCUAGAGCUUGUUUCCCCCACCCUAUUUUUUUAUUUUUAUUUUUUUGGUGCUUUAUCGCUGUUAUUGUUAUUAUCUUAAUUUUUCUUCUUCAUGAUGUGCUGUUAGAACCCACUCCAGGACUACUCCAGCAGUAGGAAGACCGAGGAGUGGAGUGGAUGAAUAUACCGAUGAGAGAUCCAGUAAUCCCUGGGACAAGCAUGGCUUAUCAUCCUUUUUUACCUCACCGGGCACCGGACUUUGCCAUGAGCGCUGUGCUGGGACAUCAGCCUCCCUUCUUCCCCGCUCUGGCUUUGCCUCCCAACGGGGCAGCCGCCCUCUCCCUGCCGGGGGCUCUGGCUAAACCCAUCAUGGAUCAGUUAGUGGGGGCCGCAGAGACUGGGAUCCCCUUUUCUUCCCUGGGCCACCAGGCAGCAGCCCAUCUGAGGCCUUUAAAAACUCUGGAGCCAGAAGAAGAGGUGGAAGACGACCCCAAAGUGCAUCUGGAGGCCAAAGAGCUUUGGGAACAAUUCCAUAAAAGAGGCACGGAGAUGGUGAUCACCAAAUCGGGAAGGAGAAUGUUUCCUCCAUUUAAAGUGAGAUGCACUGGACUGGAUAAAAAGGCCAAGUACAUUUUAUUGAUGGAUAUUGUGGCGGCUGAUGAUUGUAGGUACAAAUUCCAUAAUUCCCGGUGGAUGGUAGCCGGCAAAGCUGACCCUGAAAUGCCAAAGAGAAUGUACAUCCACCCGGACAGCCCGGCCACCGGAGAACAAUGGAUGUCCAAAGUCGUCACCUUUCACAAGCUGAAGCUCACUAACAAUAUCUCUGACAAGCACGGAUUUACCAUCCUAAACUCCAUGCACAAGUACCAACCCCGGUUCCACAUCGUCAGAGCGAACGAUAUCCUCAAGCUGCCCUACAGCACGUUCAGGACCUACGUUUUCCCGGAGACUGAAUUCAUCGCAGUGACCGCAUACCAGAAUGAUAAGAUCACUCAAUUAAAAAUUGACAACAACCCCUUUGCCAAAGGUUUUCGGGACACCGGGAAUGGAAGGAGGGAAAAAAGGAAGCAGCUGACCCUGCAGUCCAUGCGGGUCUACGACGAGCGGCAGAAGAAGGAAAACGCCACCUCGGACGAGUCGUCCAACGAGCAGACGGCCUUCAAGUGCUUCGCGCAGUCCUCCUGCCCCGCCGUGCCCGCCGUCGGCACCUCCAGCCUCAAAGAUCUGUGCCCCAGCGAGGGAGACAGCGAUGCGGACAGCAAAGACGACCCCUUGCUGGAAGCGAGCGAGUCGGUCAAAUCAGCACGACCACGGCCCCCACCCCACGCGCCCGCCAGCUCCGCCGCGGCCGCGGGGGGAGAAGACCCCCGGGAGAAAGGGGGCAGCCCCCCCAAAAGCCACUUCUUCCCCAGCGACUCUGCAGCGAGCCGGAGCCGAGAGAGGACGGAGAAAGCCCCCCCUGACUCUCGCCACAGCCCGGCCACCAUCUCGUCCAGCACCCGGGGGGGGCUGAGCGGCGAGGAGCUGAAAGCCCCCUUCGGGACGGCCCUAAAGGAGACGAGCCCCCGGCUGCUGGGCACUAGAGCCCUUCGCCCCCCUGACGUGCAAACCGACAGCACGGCUCACCGCCAGGGACAUUUGCAAAACCUCGGCUUCCCCCCCGGCCUGGCCGGCCAGCAGUUCUUCAACCCGCUGGGCAACGGACCCGCUGCUGCUGCACCCGGGCAGUUCGCCAGGGGGGGGGCUUUCUCCGGCAUGGCCGCGGGCAUGGGCCCCCUGCUCGCCACCGUCUCGGGGGCUUCUGCGGGCGUUUCGGGGCUGGAUAACACAGUGAUGGCCACGGCGGCAGCUCAAGGACUUUCGGGAGCAUCCGCUAUGCCCUUCACACUGCAGCAGCACGUCCUGGCCUCGCAGGGCCUGGCCAUGUCUCCCUUCGGCAGCCUUUACCCCUACACCUACAUGGCCGCGGCUGCGGCAGCCUCCAGCGCAGCCUCCAGCUCGGUGCACCGGCACCCCUUCCUCAACGCCGUGCGGCCCCGGCUGCGCUACAGCCCCUACCCGCUGCCUGUGCCCCUGCCCGACGGCAAGCUCCUCACCACCGCCCUGCCCGGCCUCGCCUCCGCCUCCGGGGAGGCCAAAGCGGCCGGGCUGGCCUCCAGCCCCGGCGCCGGGCCUCUGGACUCCGCCUCGGACCUCACCAGCCGCUCGUCCACCCUCUCGUCCGGCUCCGUCUCCCUCCCCAAGCUGGGGGCCGACAAGGAGGCUGCCACCAGCGAACUGCAAAACAUCCAACGCCUGGUCAGCGGCCUCGACCCCAAGCAGGACAGAUCCCGCAGCGGCUCCCCGUAG